AUGCCUGGCUUCAAGAAGCUGGCCUCGAUGGCCUCUGUCCGAAGCUUCCAAUCGCUCCUCUUUCGGUACAACGCAGACUCCACCGACGAGGACGAGUGGUCCCAUCCACCGUGUCCGCCACGCUCGGUAUCAUCAUCAUCAACAUCGUCUUCCUUUCUGUCAAUGUCCAUGACCCUCUUCAGGCUGCCCAAGCGAUCCAAGUCUCUCUCCGAGAGGAGGCAAGUCCGUGCCUUCAUAGAGGCCGUCCCGCACAUCAACACCACGAACAACGUGGCAAAGGGCCGCGACGAGCAGCUACAGGAGACACGCAAGGAGGGCCGCCGAGCAAGCUACCCAGCCCCUCCCAAGGCGCCGGCCAUCAUGAUAUCCCUUGACGACGCGCCCGGCUCGCUGCUGUAUACACUCGCCCUGCGCACUCUCGACAUCGCUGCACGCCAGACGCUCAUGUACGCAGACCAGAUGCACUACGCCUCCAGCCCUAACCAGCUGCCUCCGCCGUGGAAUCACGCCGAGCUGCGAGGCCUGGCCCAGGACUUCCUCACGACCGACAGCGGCUGGGAAGUCCGGUACCGGUGCGAGGGCAGACCGGGCCUUGUAUUUCGACUUGAGACAGACAACGAGAAGACAGACUUUUGGAAGUGGCUGGACGAAGAGUGGCACAAGGCCACAGAGUGUUCGCACUCUGAAAAGGGGAGCGGUGGCACGCAGGAGAACAAGGAUAUGAGGCUAAAGAAGGGCCGCAACAACAACAAGAAGAGGAGGAGAAGGAAGGGCAUGGUAAAUGGCAGGGGCAAGCAUGAGAAGAAAAGCAAAAGCAAAGACAAUGACGAUCUAGAGCUUGAGGUGCAGAAGGCGGCCGCCGACGCCGAGAGGGAGGAGAGAGCGCUGCGCGCCAACGAGGACGCUGACCUCGAGUGGGUUUGUUUCUCAAAAAAGAAGGGCGUAAUGAGGGUCGACUUGACAGUUCACUUCACCUAUCUGGCUAUGGUUCCUGUUGAGAAGCACGCAAGUGCUGAGAUAGCAUAUACUCAGUGA